AUGUCCGCACACGACCUGGCUGCGGCGGUCGAGGCCGACGAGCCGGGGCGCAUCAUGGCGGUCUUGGAGGCGAUCGUGGGCAAGUCGGGCGAGUUGCCCAGUGCUGCCGACCUGGCGUUGCCCGCAGAUCGCUUGCUAGCGCUCGAGUCGGCUGUUGUUGAGGCCCAGACGGCGGCGCUGAUGGGUAGCGCCGCCAGAGGCGGUGAACGUGCCAGCGGGGGCGCCUCAGCCGUCGCGCCCCUGGCCGAGAUCUGGCGCGCUGCCGACGCGCCAUCAGCUGCGCCGUGGUUUCCCACACAUACAGCGCCGUCAGCCAACGCCGAGAUCACCCGCCAUGUGCGCGGCGUGGCGGGCGUUCUAGUGCCAAACGCAGAUGACGGGCCUGGUGACCUUGCCGCUGCACUCCACGCCGCCGUCGGUGCGGUGGAGAUGCGAAUGGCGGCCAAGGCCGGAUGGGAGGCACAGACAGCGAUCGAUUGCACUGGAAUGCAGCCUCGGCAGCUGGAUCUGCUGGCGCAAAUCAACGACUCGUUUGCGGCGCAGAUGGCGAUGCGGCGCAAGCUGCUGCUGGAGCGUCUCGGCGUGACGCUUGACGCGCUGGCGCGGUCCAAGGUCUUUGCCGACGGCACCCCGAGUUCGGAAGCCAGCGCUGCGCUGGCCUCACUCGGUGGUGCUGCCUUUGCCGCGGCUGUCCACCCGCUCUUUGAUCCACAAGUGCCGCUGGUUCGGCUGCCGGAGCUUGCCGCGGCCUCGCUCUCGAUUGCCGAGCUCGCCGGCUUUCGCAUUCCGGUCCGCCCGCGCGCCGCUGCGCCGCAGGCCAAGGUCAAGACCCUGGUCCUUGCCAUGAACCCGCGCGAUCGCGGCGGUCGACCGGCCAACAUGGGCAAGUCGAGCCUCCCGAUGCCGGCCUUUGCGUCGCGAGGCAAGACUGGACGUAAUGGAAGCACAUCCUGA